AUGAAGAAAGAGUUCUGCUGUUGCUGCCCAUGCCUGAUCCCCAGCAGGAAAACCGCUCGUUUCUACCUGCUCUUUGUGCUUAUUGCUCUUUACAUGCUGGCUGGUGCUGCCAUAUUUUCUUCCCUGGAGAGACCAGCGGAGCUACAGGCCCACCAGCUCUGGGAAAAGAGGCUAAGGGACUUCAGUUAUGAACAUAACAUUAGUUGUGAAGACCUGAAAUCUCUGUUGCACCACUAUGAGGAAGCUCGGACUGCUGGCAUACGGACAGAACAAGGCAGAGCGCUAUGGGACAUCCCAGGAGCUUUCUACUUUGUGGGAACUGUAGUCUCCACUAUUGGAUUUGGAGUGACGGCCCCAUCCACCGUGACAGGAAAGGUCUUGCUUGUUUUCUAUGGGUUGCUGGGCUGCUCUGCUACCAUACUGUUCUUCAAUCUCUUCCUGGAGAGAGUCAUAACCGUACUGAGCCUCCUGACUUUCUGGUGCCACAAAAGGCGAACUGGACAUGGCGGACUGGAGGGCAGAGCCAGUGAAGGAAACAAAAUUGAAGAUCGGAAACCAUCUGUGUAUCAAGUCACACUCAUCCUUUUUGUUGCUGUUCUGCUGGUUGCAUGUGGUGCUGCCGCUCUCUAUUCAGCCAUGGAGGGCUGGACUUACUUCGAGUCGCUCUACUUCUGCUUUGUGGCAUUCAGCACAGUGGGCUUUGGGGACUUUGUCAGUGGCCAAAGAGAGCAUCAUGAGGACACCCGGGCGUACCAGGUUGCAAACUGUCUCCUGAUGCUCUUGGGAGUGUGCUGCACUUACUCCCUCUUUAAUGCCAUCUCUGUGAUCAUCAAACAGGGACUGAACUGGAUGCUGAUGACACUCGCCUGGAUAACAGACAUAAACAAGAAGCCAUUCAUUUAUCUCAACACGGAGGAAUGA